AUGCCCGUCUCCUCCAAUUACCCCCCGGUCGACAUCCCCAACGUCGACCUCUGGUCUUUCCUGUUCGAGCGCAAGGACAGGCCUUUCCCCGAUGACAAGAUCCUCUACCAGGAUGCCGACACUAAGCGACACUACACCUACAAGGGCCUGAAGGAGGCAUCCUUAGAUUUCGGAAAGGGUCUGAAGGCCCUCUACGAGUGGCGCAAGGGCGAUGUGCUCGGCCUCUUCACCCCGAACUCCAUCGACACCCCGGUGCUGAUGUGGGGAACCCUCUGGGCAGGCGGCAUUAUCUCCCCAGCCAACCCAGCAUAUACAGUCGACGAGCUGGCCUUCCAGCUGAAGAACUCCGGUGCCAAGGCACUUGCAACACAGGUUUCCGUGCUGUCCGUUGCCGUCGAGGCCGCGAAAAAGGUCGGAAUCCCCGAGGACCGCAUCAUCCUGCUCGGCGACCAGCGGGAUCCGAAUGCCCGCUAUAAGCAUUUCACUUCCGUCCGCAAUAUCUCUGGUGCUACCCGGUACCGCAAGCAGAAGAUUACUCCCGAGUCCGAUUUGGCGUUUUUGGUUUACUCGUCAGGAACUACUGGUGUUCCCAAGGGUGUGAUGCUGUCGCACAGGAAUAUCGUCGCCAAUAUUAUGCAACAGGUUGUCGCCGAGGGUGGGAAUCUUAGCUGGAAGGGAGGCCCUGAUGGUCAGGGUGACCGUGUUCUGGCAUUUUUACCUUUCUACCAUAUCUACGGAUUGACCUGUUUGAUCACCCAGGCCCUCUACAAGGGUUACCACCUUGUUGUCAUGUCCAAGUUUGAUAUUGAGAAGUGGUGUGCCCACGUGCAAAACUAUCACGUUACCUUCAGUUACAUCGUUCCUCCGGUGGUACUUCUGCUUGGCAAGCACCCCGUGGUCGAUAAGUACGACUUGUCCAGCCUGCGCAUGAUGAACUCGGGCGCAGCGCCCCUCACGCAAGAGCUAGUGGAGAAUGUCUACUCCCGUAUCAAGGUUGGUAUCAAGCAAGGAUACGGUCUCAGUGAGACCAGCCCCACCACGCACUCCCAGCGGUGGGAGGAUUGGCGCGACCACAUCGGCUCCGUCGGCCGUAUGAUGCCUAAUAUGGAAGCCCGGUACAUGACUAUGCCAGAAGACGGCUCCGAGCCUCAGGAAGUAAAGUCUGGCGAGGUCGGUGAGCUCUAUCUGCGUGGCCCCAACGUCUUCUUGGGCUACCACAAAAACCCGGAAGCUACCAAGGAGUGUCUGUCAUCCGACGGCUGGUUCCGUACUGGUGAUGUGGGAUACCAAGAUGUCAAGGGGAAUUUCUUCAUCACGGAUCGUGUGAAGGAGCUCAUCAAGUACAAGGGAUUCCAGGUUCCUCCUGCCGAGCUUGAGGGUAUCCUGGUGGACAAUGAGGCUAUCGACGAUGUCGCUGUUAUUGGCAUCGAGAGCGAGGCUCACGGCUCAGAAGUGCCGCUGGCGUGUGUUGUCCGAAGCGCCAAGAGCAAGUCUUCUGGCACCAGCGAGGAACAGGAAGCCGCGAAGAUCGUGCAGUGGUUGGAUAGCAAGGUCGCCCAUCACAAGCGUCUGCGCGGUGGUGUGCGCUUCGUGGAUGAGAUCCCCAAGAACCCCAGUGGAAAGAUCUUGCGCCGCAUGUUGAAGCAGAAGUUCAAGGACGAGGCUCAACGCCCCAAGGCCAAGCUUUAG